AGACAGAGGCUUAACCCAAAAGCGUAAUAGUAACCCUAGUUUAGUUUCUCUUCCUCGCGAAUUUUGUAUCCUCACGCCAGGACGUCAGCCGAGUUCUAUUCUACGGGAAGAGUCAUCUCUCUGAUCUUCGUUGUCGAUCGGAUUUCAGAAUGGCGGAUUCUCCUUCUCAAAGGAACUCACGGUCUCCAUCUCCUUGGAGAGGCCAGUCAAGGUCUAGAUCCCGGUCUAGGGCCAGGUCCAGGUCUAGAUCAUUGGACAGGCCGAAACAUAGAUCGCGCUCUCGCAGUCGUGGCAGGGUUGAGGCUGUUAAUCCAGGAAACACUCUCUAUGUGACUGGCCUCUCUACAAGGGUCACUGAUAGGGAACUCGAAGAUCAUUUUGCAAAGGAGGGAAAGGUUGCCUCAUGUUUCCUUGUUGUGGAGCCCCGUACGCGCAUUUCUCGUGGGUUUGCUUUUGUCACGAUGGACUCUGUUGAGGAUGCGAACCGUUGUGUUAAGUAUCUGAACCAGUCUGUUCUGGAAGGACGAUAUAUAACUGUGGAGAAGGUCGUACUCAGUAGACAUUGCAUCAGCUUUUUCGCAGCAAUCAAAGAUGAUCAAUUCAUCCAUGUCAACUUAGUGAAACAGCCUGAUCAUGGACAGCUGAAACAGCCCUUUUCAAAUGCUUGUGAUCAACUAACGUAGCAACUAUAUUGUUCAACACUAUACCACUUCAGCAUUCAAUUUCAACUCAACUAAUCAACGGACAUUUCCAACAACUUUCUAAUCAGGCUUUAUGGUAUUGGAAACCUGGAACUCAUUUAAUGGAAAACUAUGACCUGGUGCUUCUCCUUUUCUUUUAGUGGAAGACCUUUUCCCGCCUUCAUUUUGGCUUUUCAUUUGUAUAUAUGCACCUGCAUUUCCUUGACCAUGCAGUCAUGGAGCUUUUUGUGUUUCUGCUCGUUGGAAAUGGGGGUUUCUAUGUUGCUAUUAAGAAAUUGCUAGUCAUGGUAAGAAAAAAACAACUGAAGUAGUUUAUCAUUGACCUUGCAGUCUCGGAGGAAACGACCAAGGACUCCAACUCCAGGACAUUAUCUUGGUCUCAAGAACACAAGGGAUGAGGGACCUCGUGAUCGUGAUCGUGGUAGGUAUCGAGGCGGUGGUGGAGGGGGUGGCUAUGGUUAUGAUGAUUACCAUAGGUCCCCGAGGCACGAUGACUACCGUAGGUCUCCAAGGCGGUCCCCAUAUGGAGGUGGCGGUCGUGACUAUUCUCCUCCUCCUAGGCACUCUCCUUAUGGCGGUGGGAGAUCAAGGAGGUACCGGUCAAGGUCACCUUAAACUCCCUCUCGCUCUCUUAUAUUCUCUUUAAGUUUUCAGAGAGGAUAACCAUGGAUGUAGCCAUCCAGUCCAGACCUGCGAGUUAGUGCAGAUAGGGGGAGAGGUGUCUGUACUUGUUUGAGCCGGGCUUGUAGUGAACAGGAGGAUUAGCCUUUUCAUGAUGUGGAUUUUUGUGUGUUGGUGUAACCCAAAUAUACUGUGGCUGCAGUCGUUAUGCCAAGUUGCUAGACAAGCUGCUCAACAGCUCAGCGCUUUGUCUUUCAUCAUUAGUCUGGAAGCGUAUGAUUUGUUUGGUGUGUUAGGGUCUGGGGUUGUCGUACGGAGAGUCGGGUUUGCUUAAAGCGAUCAUCAGCAUCUUGUGCCUUUGAAGGAGCCUUCUGCUUCAGUUGCUGCUCAUCUUUUACUUAAUCCAGUUUCUGGCAAUUAGAUCAUCCUAUCAAAAUCGCGAGCUGCAGUUGAAAUAGGUUCUGGCAAAGAAAAUCCUUCGAUCGCUCUUAGGUGUAAUGAACUGCAUACUUGGAAUCAAUUGAACUUUCGUUUAUCCUUUUGCUGUCAAACGUGUAAAUAUUGCCGAAAAGAGACUAACGUUAGGUGAAUUGAACCUUGGUGUCUAGCUAGUGAC